AUGAGUGUGUGUGACUGCAACGCGUCAUACCUGCGGAGGAGGUUGAUGGAGACUUUGUUGUUCUUGGCUGCUCUGCUGCUGCCGGCGAGCGGUGACUGCCCCAAAUCAUGCGCCUGCUAUGUUCCUACUGAAGUGCACUGCACCUUCAGAUACCUGAGCACAGUACCUGACCACAUCCACACAGCUGUGGAAAGAAUUAACCUCGGGUACAACAGUAUCACUGUUUUGAGAGAAAACGAUCUUUCAGGACUUGAAAACUUGGAGUUGUUGAUGCUGCAUAGCAACACUAUCCACAGUAUUGAAGACAGAGCCUUCCAAGACCUUAAGUCCCUACAGGUCCUGAAGAUGUCUUUUAACAAAGUAAAGGAAAUCAACAAAGAUACAUUCAAAGGCCUUGACAGUGUACUGAGACUCCACUUGGAUCACAACAACAUUGAGUUCAUCAGCCCGGAAGCUUUCUACGGCCUAACCAAGCUACAGUUUGUCCAACUGGAGGGUAACCACCUCCAGCAGCUUCACCCAGACACAUUCAUCACACUGAGACACAGCCAGGUGUUCAAGGUGUCCUCAGUAAGAAACAUCCAUCUGUCAGACAACCUCCUUACCACUCUCCCUGCAGAUAUUUUCUUAGGCUGCAGCCAGUUAGAGAAUCUCUUCCUCCAUGGCAACCCAUGGUCGUGUGACUGCCGUAUGAAGUGGUUCUCAAAGUGGUCACAGAAGAACACAGGUGUGCUGAAAUGCAAGCGAGACCGGAGAUAUCCAAGAGGCCAGCUGUGUCCUGUUUGUGAAAAUCCUGCCCACUACCAAAAAAGACCUCUAUCCCUUCUCCCAAGUGAUGCCUUCGCAUGUGCCAAACCCUGGGUCCAAUAUCAUUUAAAGCAGAAAAACAUUAGCCUGGAUGAGGGGGACUUUACUCCAGUUUCCCCAAAGGACUUCAUAUCCCCAUUAGGCUCCAUACAAAUGAACCUCACAGACCAGUUUCACAGUGAUGCCACGCUUGCCUGCACUGUCCAGAGGCCCUCAGCUUUUGAGAACCUGACACAAACUUUGGAGGAGGAGGAGGGAAACAAUGUCACAGUUCUUACCACUGGCAUAACUUCCUAUUUUGUGUGUAACGUUGACCAUGAACACAUACAGCCGCUGUGGCAGAUACUGGCCAGCUACAGUGAUUCUCCAAUGAGACUAGAAAGAGGCAUAAUGCUAGCAAGAAGCCCUGAAAUGAUUUACAGGUAUAGUCAGAUUAAAACAGAGGAGGCGGAAGAAGGAAUUCACACAAGCAUUGAAGCCGAGAUUAAGGCCUCACCUGCAUGGUUGAUGCAGGGAGAGGUUAGCUUCCAACUUGACCGCACUAUGACCACUUUUUCUACUUUGCAUAUUAAGUACCAGUCUGUAGUCAACCUGCGUGUGGAAAACAGAUCACCCAAGAGAGACCGCUAUUCUUGGACCAUGAUAAAGCGAGAUAAUCAAACCAAGACUGAGCACACUGUACUUACAGGUGGUGUGGCACAAUUGAACUGUCUGAUCCGCGGUGAGCCAAAGCCCUUGUUGGAGUGGAUUUUACCAGAUGGAAGUAAGGUCAGAGCACCUUACUCCAGUGAGGACAGCAGGAUCAUUAUCAAUGCCGAAGGGAAGUUAACUCUGAGGGGAGCAGAUACUUCAGACACAGGCCUGUACAGGUGCAUUGCCACAAACUACCUGGAUGCAGAUAUCAUGAUCUUUCGUGUGACAGUUCUCUCCCCUGAUGUGGAAGAAUCUGAGACCAACGGUGUUCAACUCACAAGGCCAAUGGGAGAAAAUCUGGUUUUGGACUGUAGCUUGUCAGGGAGUACAAAGGCCUCAGUCCAUUGGAUUCUCCCUGAUCACUCAGUACUGGAAAAGUCUCAAGGGAAAAAGAAAGUUUUUGACAACGGAACCUUGCUUAUUCAGGGUCUCACAGAGAGGGACAGGGGUUUUUAUAGGUGCUUGGUUACUAAUGACCUGGGAGUUGAUCUUCUCGUGUCACAGGUGACGGUGACUGAAGAAAGGCCUGGUACUCUAAUAGUUUUGGACAAUGGAGGAUCAGGGAUGGAAAUAGAGGACAAUGUUGACCCUAGCUUGACUGAAAACACAAUCACUCUAAAAGAGAUCCCCUCUUCCAGUCCUUUUGACAGAACUAGUCAGGAAUCCAGAACCAUUACCUCAGAUCGACCUUACCCCAGACUUAAGUCACAUGGUGGAGGUGCUGGAGGUAGGCUGGGACAGAGAAGAAGGGGGUCUGUUAGCAACCGACGCAUCUGGAGUAGUAGGGUCUUUGAUAAAGCUUCCAGGAAAGUGGACCCAAAUAAAUUUGCUGAAUUUAUGAAAAAGGCUCAAGAUGGAUCAAGAAUAAAGACUGGCACAGAGAGUGAGGGAGUUAAAGAUGCAGAUUCAAACACUGGUCUCUCUGGUGAGGACGAAAUUGGCUCUGGUGAGGAUAAUAAUGAAGAUCAGCUCAUCAUCAUGUCAAGGAUUCUCACACCGACUACAGAUAAUCCACGAAGAGGUAGAAUAUUUAAAGUUCCAGAAAAUGAAAAUACACCAACAACAGAGUCAUAUAUGCAGUCAGAUUCUACAUCAAUGAAGUCUACAUUAACACACAAGCCAACACAAAGGAUUGAAACUCAAAGCGAUGCAGUUACACCAUAUUUUUCAGACAACAAAGGCAUAUCUACUGUUGAUGAGAACACUGAGUUCUAUAACUCGGAAAGAACUACGAAGCCAAGCUUAAUCAGGCAACCAGUUCUGUCACUUACUGUAACAGAAGCAUCACAAGAAACUCAACUCCAGUUCUCAGGACAACAACCUGCAGAGCCAGAAACAUCCACAGGUGCGGCGCUCAUGUUUACCACGGACCCUAAUGUCACUCCAAUGAGGGAUGGCCCAGGACCAGUGGAAUUCAUCGUUCACACAUCCACAGACCCAAAAAGCCAGACCACAUACACAGCCAUCACCACCACAGAGAGACAACAAGAUCAGAUCACCCUCCACACUACCCAAACCAUCAAAUCCCCACGCUUGCCUGCUGGAUCCACCAUUAUCUCUAGACAGCACAUCCAAAUCAUACCAAAUAAGAACAGUAGAGCAGGGGGGCGCAGAAGGACUUUUCAAGGGCGCAGAAGGAUCAUUAAACCCAACAGGAUAACUGACAUACAGUCCAUUAUCAAUAAACUCAGACAGCCCUCAGUUAAAAAGGAAGGGAAUGCAACAGUGCCAUAUAAAAUUGAACUGUCCACAGACUGUGACUGUGAUGAAGACAGUAAGAAUACAUCAAAGACUCAUCUGCAGGUGGUCACACCGACAGGUUAUUCUAGUUCAUCCUUACAUAUAAGGGAGAGCCCUGCCACUACACCAAAACCUGAAAUGUCUACACAAUAUAAUUACAUUACUUCAGAAGCCCCAAAGCUAGAUGGUUCGAGUGGCUACAUAACCUCUGCUGAUGCCCCUGAUUUUUACAUUACAACUGAUCCAUUUGUGAGCACAAAUAAGGAACCAUUAAUCUCCACCACGGCUGCUACAACUACAACUGCCUCUAAGGUUAUUCGUGGAAGAAUCCCUUGGAACAGGCUGUUUGGAGGCAAAGAUAAAGAAAAGAUACUGGGUCGGUUAAGAAAGCCAUUUAUCAAAACAUCAACUACAGCUGAACCUACAACAGUAACUGUAACCACAACCCCUAUUGCUUUGCUCACCACUGUCACAAACUCAUUGGUAGAACCAGGGACUCUUUCCCCGUCCAGACAAACAGGUAAUGAAGAGGGCUCAUUAGAUGAUGACUAUGACGAUUUGUCUUCUUCAGAUUUUGGGUUUACCACACUGGAACCCAGCGUCCAACUCAUAAGUACUACCAGCUCAUCAUAUUACUACAGAUCUUCAACCACAGCUGAAACACCUCCAGAAUCACAGACUCUACCUUCCCCACCAACCAUUCAGCCACUCUUAAAUGGAGAGUCUGAUGAACCAAUAUCAUCUGGUUCGGGGGGUCUGCCUGAUAAUUGGUUUGUGGGCAGAAAGAGGCCUAAUGGGACAAGAUGGCAGCAAGGGCGAAGAAGGAGGCCCUUUAGGGGCAGGAGACCAAUCAAGAAACCUGCAAUAACUAAAUCACAAGCUACUACCACAGCUGAGGCCUUAACUACAGAGGUUACAAUUAUGGAAACUUCAAUGGAGACAACCAGACUACCACAAUGGACAGUUUCACUCCAUAAUUCCCUAUACACACCAACUAAGAAAGAGGACAGAACUCCAGUAGCUGCUUCCACUGACCAAAAGGAGGAAAUUGACUUAUAUGAGGAGUUAGACUGGAACACGUCUAGCAAUUUCCCAGUCUUCACUACAAGCAAGAAACCCUCAAUCCCCUCAUCUACAUUUAACCCCACCACCACGCCCAUGCCAGCUACCACAAAGAGAACUUACACAACAGCUCAACCCAUAUUCCAAAGCAAUUUCAGACCACCAAUACAAAGUGGAAAAAGCUACCCCACUCGAAGAACACCAAUGAAGACAAUAAGACCUACUAUGCAAAGCAGUAGUGGCAGAGACGGUGCAGAUAAAGGCCUUACUAUUGAUUCAAUGACCACCCUUACAGCCGAGCAGGAAUAUGCCAAAGUCCAAAUCACUGACGUUGAAGUUACAAGUGCCAAUAUUGCUGGCUUUGAAGAAACUACAGAGGUAUUGACAAGCAAACCCAAGAUUGUCGGGGGCAAUGCAGCUAGCUUCACAGUUUUAUCCAACUCUGAUGCUUUCCUUCCGUGUGAGACAGUAGGAAACCCUCAGCCAACUGUAUCCUGGAGACGCUUGUCCUCAAGCACAGGAAGCACCAUUACCAUUUCAGGAAGAAUGGGCAAGUUUCAGGUCCUGAAUAAUGGCACGCUAUCGAUCCAGAAUGCCAGUGUUAAGGAUCGUGGUCAAUACCUCUGUCUAGCUGAGAAUGAUCAUGGAUCAGAUAGACUUCUUGUCACCCUUUCUGUUGUGGCAUACCCUUCACGCAUCCUGGAGCCAAAAAUGCGUGACAUAAAAUCUCAUGCAGGGAACACUGUGGAGAUGAAAUGUAAAGCAGAAGGUCGGCCCACACCCUUGAUAUCAUGGAUUCUGGCCAACCGCACCCAAGUAAGGGGUAAAAUCAGAGAGAAGGAAAGGGUUUCGGUAUCUGCUGAGGGAACUCUGAUCAUUGAGCAGGUAUCUGUUCAUGACAGAGGUCAUUACAAAUGCAUUGCCAGCAAUCCAGCCGGAGCUGACACUGCUACAGUCCGACUGCAAGUUGUGGCAGCUCCCCCAGGCAUUAAGGAGGAGAAACGUCAGCACUUAAAAGCCAGUGUAAGCCAAAGCUUGUGGAUUCCCUGUACUGGCCAAGGAAGCCCAAAUCCCACUAUGCACUGGGUCCUCAAUGAUGGGUCAAUGGUACGAUCUAACAGACCUGCAAGAAACCCAAGGAUAUAUGUUUAUGUCAAUGGAACCCUCCAAAUUAAGGCCAUAACUCCAGCAGACAAUGGGAAAUAUGAAUGUAUUGCUACCAGUUCAACUGGCUCAGAGAGAAGGGUAGUGACACUGAUUGUUGAAAAACAAGAGUCUGCCCCUUAUAUAGUGAAGACAUCACAGCGCAUGACAGAGCUGUUCUUUGGGGACCAGCUGAUACUUAACUGUUCGGCUACAGGAGAUCCAAAGCCCAGGAUCAUGUGGAGACUGCCAUCUAAAGCUGUGGUUGAUCAGUGGCACAGGAUGGGCAACAGAAUUCAGGUCCUGGAUAAUGGUACACUUAUUGUGAACACUGUCAGCAAUAAAGAUGCAGGAGACUAUCUCUGUGUGGCACGAAGCAAAAUGGGAGAUGCCCUUCAACUCAUGAUGGUCCAUGUGACCAUGAAGCCAGCCAAGAUAGAACCUAAGCUCAAUGGAAAGAAGCAGGUAACCUAUGGUUAUGACCUGAAGGUUGACUGUAAAGCCUCAGGAGCCCCAAAGCCAGAGAUUUCCUGGGGUUUACCAGAUGGUACAGUGGUCAAUAGUGCUCUUCAGUCUGAUGCCAGCAGUGGAGGGGGACGAGCACGCCGCUACACACUUUUUGACAAUGGAACCCUUUACGUAAACCAGGUUGGUAUGUCAGAGGAGGGGGACUACACCUGCUAUGCUGAAAACCAGGGAGGCAAGGAUGAAAUGCAUGUGCAUAUCAGUGUGAUGACUGCCCCCAGAAUUCAUCCAUCCAGCCAGACCUAUGCAAGAGUCAAGCCUGGAGGGAACAUCCGCUUUGACUGUGAAGCACUUGGGGAACCAAGACCCAAGAUCCUGUGGAUGCUGCCAAACAACGAUGUGAUUGGAGCAUCUAAUGAUCGCUACCUCAUGCAUGUCAAUGGCUCUCUGGAUAUAAGGGCUGUGAAGCUUAUCGAUGCUGGGGAGUAUGUUUGUAUAGCUCGCAACCUUGCUGGAGACAAAAGAAAAGUCUACAAGCUUGAUUUAGAUGGGAAUCCGCCAAUGAUUAAUGGCUACAGGCAAAAUAGGACCGUGAUCAAAGAUGUUGCAGCUAAAUUCUCCAGGAAAUUAAUAGACUGUAAGGCUGAGGGUAAUCCCACUCCUAGUAUCACAUGGAUUAUGCCAGAUAACAUCUUUCUGAAAGCACCGUACUUCGGCAGUAGAAUUAAUGUUCACCAAAAUGGGACUUUAGAGAUUCGCAACGUGCGCCCAACUGAUACAGCAGAGUUCAUUUGCAUGGCAAGGAAUGAUGGAGGAGAGGCAGUAAUGGUGGUGCAGCUGGAGGUUACUAGUAUGCUACGAAGGCCGAUCUUCAAAAACCCAUUCAACGAGCGCAUUGUGUCUCGGUUUGGGAAAACCAUAGUUCUGAACUGCUCUGCUGAUGGACAACCGACACCAGAGAUAAUAUGGACUUUCCCUAAUGGCACGCGAGUUACUAGUGAACAUCACCAUGACUCUCAACACCGCCUAGGCAAUAAUGGAACUUUAGUCAUCUAUAACCCUCGCAAAGAGGAUGCUGGGAAGUACCGCUGUGGUGCCAAGAAUUUCAUGGGAUACAUAGAGAAACUAAUAAUUUUGGAUGUUGGCCAGAAGCCUUACAUCUUGACAAGGCCUCGAGGCAUCAUACGCAGUAUGUCUGGAGAACCACUCUUCCUUCACUGUCUAUCUGAUGGGAAUCCUAAACCCGGAAUCUACUGGACAAUUCCUGGUGGCCACACUCUUACUCGGCCCCAAGUCUUUGGGCGCUACCAGUUACUUGAGAAUGGUACCUUGGUUGUUCAGGAUACUACUCUCCAUGACCGAGGAAAUUACAUCUGUAGAGCUCAGAAUGAUGCUGGGGAGGCAGUGCUCUCUGUCCCAGUUAUUAUCAUUGCCUACCCUCCACGGAUCUCUACAGCUCCACCCCCCAAUGUGAAGGCAGUUACUGGGACAUCUAUCCAGCUUAACUGUGCUGCCAUUGGGAUCCCCAAGCCAGAGAUCACCUGGGAGCUCCCUGAUAAUUCAGUUCUGUCUGCAGCAGGACAGGGCAGGCAUUUGGGUAGUGAACUGCUCCAUCCUCAGGGCACACUUAUCAUUCAGAGACCUACAGCCUCAGACUCAGGCACAUACAAGUGCCUUGCGAAGAACAGCGUGGGCACAGACUUCAAAGUUACAUAUGUACAUGUACUGUGAAAAGACUAUAUGCAAGGAGGACAGAGAUAUAAGCAAAUGUACAUGUAACAUUAACAAACUGUCACUUGUGUUUGUGAGAUACUUGUUUUCAACCAUGUGGAUUUUCAAGGAACACUGGGAGGGAUUUUUUUUGUGACAAUUGUGGAUUUAAAAAAUAAACAGCACAAGGACAGACAUGAAACAGAAAUUCUAAAUGUGAUAAAUGUUUAUCUUAAAAUCGGAAGAACCCCAACCUGAAAACAGAAAGUUAUAAUUUCAACUUUGCUCCACUGGCCUGGAAAUUCAAAGGUGGUUCUAAUGUGGGUUGUGUCUCAAUGGAGCAAGACAGUCAGUGCAAAGAGUAAAACAAAAGGUGAUUUCUCUGACCAGACAUUGCUGGCUAUAUUUAGGGAUACUAUUACUACAUGUAAUGAAACUUCACAGAGAAAGACUGUGAGACAGGGAGAAAGACUGUGCAACAGAUUGAUUGAAAGAAAUUAGGCUCCCAAAAGGGUUUUAAAUGGCUUCACAUAUUGGCUGAAGUUGUAGUCAAAAUGUGUUGCUUUGUUCUUUUACAGCUAAAGAAAAGAAAGCAUGCAAACUUAGAGUAAUAAUGUUUGAGAGCAAUUCAUAAAAUUUCAUGAUAACAGAAAAUAGGUUUAUUUAAAAAAUAUAUUUCUUAUACACUGGAUACAUCUGCAUUGGCAGUUCCUUUCCUUUCAUAUCACAAGUACAUCAGAUUAUUUUUACUUUUGAUGACAGUGUGAAGCAGAAUCAUUUAUUUCCAUCCGCUAUCCAUUUAUAAAACAAAAUAAGGCACUAUCAGUCCAUUGUGUUGUACACAAGAAUUAACAGUAAUGUUAUACAUUAAUCCAAUCUGUUGUAAUACAGUAUUUGUAUAUCUAUUUGUUGUAUCUACUCUAUUGAAGUAUGGGACAAUAAAUGAAAAAAGCAAAGAUAGUUUAAAUCUUUUUUUUAUUUUUCUAUGUUGUCCUUAAUACACAAAAACCUCAUAUGAGACAUGUAUUUGAAAUAAAGCAUAUUACUGUUCAGAGAA